UCCAGAGUCUAGACCUUAAAAGGGAAGGGAGCAGUCGGUAGCCAUCUUACUUAGGACCAAAACACAAAUAUCUCGACUAUAAAGGCAACCGACAACAGAGGUCCCUGGGAUAUCGCCUUCGGAGACUUUCCGGUCACCGUUGGCGGCCUGACCAGAGUCGUGGUGACAAUUUAAAGACUGUUCCUGCUCACAAAGCGGCGUGCCGAGGAAGGACGCGUCUCUUUGAAUAGACAGGAUGCAUGGACCGCCCUCCGGCGACAGCGCAUGCCCAUUGCGCACGAUCAAGAGAGUUCAAUUCGGCAUCAUCAGCCCAGAUGAGCUUAAACGGUUGUCCGUUACGGAGGGGGGUAUCAAAUACCCCGAAACAACAGAAGGAGGACGUCCUAAAAUGGGUGGCCUUAUGGACCCCAGACAAGGGGUCAUAGACCGAUCUGGGCGAUGUCAGACAUGUGCAGGCAACAUGACAGAAUGCCCUGGCCACUUCGGGCACAUAGAACUGGCAAAGCCAGUCUUCCACGUCGGCUUCGUAACAAAGAUUAUGAAGAUUCUUCGUUGCGUCUGCUUCUUUUGCUCUAAGCUUCUAGUGGAUCCAACCAAUCCAAAGAUCAAAGACAUCCUAAUAAAAUCUAAAGGGCAGCACAGAAAACGUUUGACACAUGUAUACGAGCUGUGCAAGGGAAAAAACAUCUGUGAAGGAGGAGAGGAGAUGGACAACAAGUUUGGAAUGGAACAGCAGGAUGCUGAGGAGGACCUUACCAAGGACAAGGGUCACGGUGGCUGUGGGCGUUACCAACCCCGCAUCAAACGCACCGGCUUGGAGCUGUACGCCGAGUGGAAGCACGUUAACGAGGAUUCGCAGGAGAAGAAAAUCCUGCUGAGUCCUGAACGUGUGCACGAGAUCUUCAAGCGCAUCUCCGAUGAAGAAGACGUCAUCUUGGGCCUGGACCCCAAGUUUGCCCGACCAGAGUGGAUGAUUGUAACGGUGUUACCUGUGCCUCCCCUGGCUGUCAGGCCUGCUGUCGUCAUGCAGGGCUCUGCUCGAAACCAGGAUGACUUGACCCACAAGCUGGCGGAUAUUGUCAAAAUCAACAACCAGCUGAGAAGAAACGAGCAGAGCGGCGCUGCGGCUCACGUCAUCGCUGAGGAUGUCAAACUGCUCCAGUUUCACGUAGCCACCAUGAUUGACAACGAGCUGCCAGGUCUGCCAAGGGCAAUGCAAAAGUCUGGCCGUCCUCUAAAAUCCCUUAAACAGCGUCUAAAGGGGAAGGAGGGCCGAGUCCGAGGUAACCUCAUGGGUAAGCGUGUGGACUUCUCCGCCCGUACCGUCAUCACGCCAGACCCCAACCUGCAUAUCGACCAAGUAGGCGUGCCUCGAUCCAUCGCAGCCAACAUGACCUUCCCAGAACUCGUCACACCCUUUAAUAUCGACAGAUUACAAGAGCUGGUACGAAGAGGCAACAGCCAGUACCCAGGAGCCAAAUACAUCAUCCGGGACAACGGGGACCGAAUUGACCUUCGAUUUCACCCCAAACCAAGUGACCUUCACCUGCAGAUCGGCUACAAGGUUGAAAGACACAUGUGUGACGGCGACAUCAUCAUCUUCAACAGACAGCCUACACUACAUAAAAUGUCCAUGAUGGGGCACAGGGUCCGAAUCCUGCCGUGGUCAACGUUUCGACUCAACCUCAGUGUGACCACCCCAUACAACGCUGACUUUGACGGGGAUGAGAUGAACCUCCACCUGCCUCAGUCCUUGGAGACGAGGGCUGAAAUCCAGGAGCUGGCCAUGGUGCCGCGUAUGAUCGUCACCCCCCAGUCCAACAGGCCCGUCAUGGGUAUCGUGCAGGACACCCUCACAGCCGUGCGCAAAUUCACCAAGAGAGACGUUUUCUUAGAGAGGGGGGAGGUGAUGAACCUCCUCAUGUUCCUCUCCACCUGGGAUGGAAAAGUGCCUCAGCCGGCCCUCCUGAAGCCCCGCCCUCUGUGGACCGGGAAGCAGAUCUUCAGCCUAAUCAUUCCCGGACACAUUAACGUGAUCCGCACACACAGCACCCAUCCCGACGAGGAGGACAGCGGCCCCUACAAGCACAUCUCACCCGGGGACACCAAGGUCAUAGUGGAGAAUGGGGAGCUGAUCAUGGGCAUCCUGUGUAAGAAAUCCCUGGGAACCUCCGCCGGCUCCCUCGUCCACAUCUCGUACCUGGAGAUGGGCCACGACAUCACCAGACUCUUCUACUCCAACAUUCAGACUGUGGUCAACCACUGGCUGCUCAUCGAGGGUGCUUCUAUUGGUAUUGGUGACUCCAUUGCUGAUGCCAAGACCUACCUCGACAUCCAGAACACCAUCAAGAAAGCCAAACAGGAUGUGAUAGAAGUCAUCGAGAAAGCCCACAACAACGAGCUGGAGCCGACCCCCGGUAACACUCUGAGGCAGACCUUUGAGAACCAGGUGAAUCGUAUCCUGAACGACGCUCGUGACAAAACUGGAUCCUCCGCCCAGAAGUCUCUGUCUGAGUACAACAACUUCAAGUCCAUGGUGGUGGCCGGGUCCAAAGGCUCAAAGAUUAACAUCUCACAGGUUAUCGCCGUGGUGGGGCAGCAGAACGUGGAGGGUAAGCGAAUCCCCUUCGGCUUCAAACACCGCACGCUGCCUCACUUCAUCAAGGAUGAUUACGGUCCUGAGAGCAGAGGCUUCGUGGAGAACUCCUACCUGGCCGGUCUGACGCCCACUGAGUUCUUCUUCCACGCCAUGGGAGGCAGAGAGGGUCUUAUCGACACAGCCGUCAAGACAGCCGAGACUGGUUACAUCCAGCGUCGUCUGAUCAAGUCCAUGGAGUCGGUGAUGGUGAAGUACGACGGCACCGUGCGUAACUCAAUCAACCAGGUGGUGCAGCUGCGCUACGGAGAGGACGGCCUGGCAGGAGAGAACGUGGAGUUUCAGAAUGUGGCAACGCUCAAACCCUCACACAAGGCCUUCGAGAAGAAGUUUAGGUUUGAUUGCACCAAUGAGCGAGCGCUGAGGCGGAUGCUGCAGGAGGACGUAGUUAAAGACGUGUUGACCAAUGCCAAUGUGCAGAGCUCUUUGGAGAAGGAGUAUGACAGGAUGAAGGAGGACAGGGAGGUCCUCCGAGCCAUUUUCCCCACCGGGGACAGUAAGGUUGUGCUGCCAUGCAACCUGGCCAGAAUGAUCUGGAACGCUCAGAAGAUCUUCCGCAUCAACGUUCGGACCCCGACAGACCUCAACCCUCUGAGGGUGGUCGAGGGUCUUCAAGACUUGAGUAAAAAGCUGGUGAUCGUGAACGGCGAAGACCCGCUCAGUCGACAGGCCCAGCAGAACGCCACCCUGCUCUUCAACAUCCACCUGCGCUCCACCCUCUGCUCCAAGCGCAUGACGGAGGAGUUCCGCCUUUCCACUGAAGCCUACGACUGGCUGCUGGGAGAGAUCGAGGCCAAAUUCAACCAGUCCAUUGCUCACCCAGGAGAAAUGGUGGGCGCUCUGGCUGCUCAGUCUCUGGGAGAGCCCGCCACCCAGAUGACCCUGAACACUUUCCAUUACGCCGGUGUGUCCGCCAAGAACGUAACACUGGGUGUGCCCCGUCUAAAGGAGUUGAUCAACAUCUCCAAGAAGCCCAAAACCCCCUCGCUGACCGUGUUCCUGCUGGGUCAGGCGGCCCGUGACGCCGAGAGGGCCAAAGACAUCCUCUGUAGGCUGGAGCACACCACACUGCGGAAGGUGACGGCCAACACCGCCAUCUACUACGACCCCAACCCCCAGAACACGGUGGUGGCCGAGGACCAGGAGUGGGUGAACGUCUACUAUGAGAUGCCCGACUUUGACGUGACGCGCAUCUCACCGUGGCUGCUGCGUAUCGAGCUCGACCGCAAGCACAUGACCGAUCGCAAGCUGACCAUGGAGCAGAUCGCAGAGAAGAUCAACUCAGGUUUCGGAGAUGACUUGAACUGCAUCUUCAAUGACGACAAUGCAGAGAAGCUCGUUCUGCGAAUCCGAAUCAUGAACAGCGACGAGAACAAGUUCCAAGAGGACGAGGAGGUGGUGGACAAAAUGGAUGAUGACGUGUUCUUGAGGUGCAUUGAGUCCAACAUGCUGACUGACAUGACCCUGCAAGGCAUUGACCAGAUCAGCAAGGUGUACAUGCACUUGCCCCAGACUGACAACAAGAAGAAGAUCAUCAUCACGGAGGAAGGUGAGUUCAAGGCCCUGCAAGAGUGGAUCCUGGAGACGGACGGUGUGAGCCUCAUGAGGGUCCUCAGCGAGAAGGACGUGGAUCCCGUCAGGACCACCUCCAACGACAUCGUGGAGAUCUUCACGGUCUUGGGAAUUGAGGCGGUGCGGAAGGCUCUGGAGAGGGAGUUGAACCACGUCAUCUCCUUUGACGGUUCCUACGUCAACUACCGCCAUUUGUCUCUGCUUUGUGACACCAUGACCUCCCGCGGUCAUCUGAUGGCCAUCACGCGUCACGGCAUCAAUCGUCAAGACACAGGACCGCUCAUGAAGUGUUCCUUUGAGGAAACGGUGGAUGUGUUGAUGGAGGCGUCCUCCCACGCUGAGAACGACCCCAUGAAGGGUGUGUCGGAGAACAUCAUGCUCGGCCAGCUGGCCCCAUGUGGGACAGGAUGCUUCGAUUUGCUGUUGGAUGCGGAGAAGUGUAAAUACGGCAUGGAGAUCCCUACAAACAUUCCUGGCAUCAGCGUGGCUGGACCCACUGGAAUGUUCUUUGGCACGGUGCCGAGUCCCAUGAGCGGUAUGUCGCCUGCCAUGACCCCCUGGAACACAGGAGCGACACCCGCCUACGGAGCCUGGUCCCCCAGCGUCGGAAGCGGCAUGACCCCCGGAGCGGCAGGUUUCUCUCCCAGCGCGGCGUCAGACGCCAGUGGCUUCUCUCCCGGCUACUCCCCCGCCUGGUCUCCCACUCCUGGCUCUCCGGGGUCUCCAGGACCUGCCAGCCCCUACAUCCCAUCUCCAGGUGGAGCCAUGUCACCCAACUACUCCCCCACCUCCCCCGCGUACGAGCCUCGCCGCUCGAUGUCGGGCUGUAGCGGGUUAUGUGGGGCGGUGAGAGGGUCAUGA